GGACGAGCGAGCGCGAGAGCUCCUGCGCCCGGGCUCACGGCGGGAGUCUCGGCGGCGGUGCUGUGGCUCGCUGGGAGCCAGGAGCCCCGACACACAAAGGCUGGGGGAGCGGAGAGGGGAUGUGUGAGCAACCGGGGAGCCGGGAAAGGGAAAGCGAAAGCCGCGGCCGCGGCAGGUGACGGCGAAGGCGCGGUAUCCGGGCCUGCCUUCCAGGGCCUGUCGGGCUGACCCCGGCGCGCCGCAGCCAUGGCUAUCGCCCACCUGGCCACCGAGUACGUGUUCUCGGACUUCUUGCUGAAGGAGCCCUCGGAGCCCAAGUUCAAGGGGCUGCGGCUGGAGCUGGCGGUGGAUAAGAUGGUCACGUGCAUCGCUGUGGGUCUGCCUUUGCUGCUCAUCUCGCUGGCCUUUGCGCAGGAAAUCUCGAUCGGUACCCAGAUAAGCUGUUUCUCCCCAAGCUCCUUCUCCUGGAGGCAGGCUGCCUUUGUGGAUUCCUACUGCUGGGCUGCUGUUCAGCAGGGUUCCCUGCAAGGUGAUUCCGGAAGCCUUCCGCUUUGGCUGCAUAAGUUUUUCCCCUACAUCCUGCUGCUGGUGGCUAUCCUCCUGUACCUGCCCUCCCUGUUCUGGCGUUUUGUAGCUGCUCCUCAUCUUUGCUCAGAUUUGAAGUUCAUCAUGGAAGAACUUGACAAAGUUUACAACCGCGCAAUUCAAGCCGCAAAGAGCGUGUGUGAUCAGGACGUGAGGGAUGGUACCAGCCCAGUUCCAGGCCCUCAGGAGAACAUGGGGCAAAGCCUGUGGGAGAUCUCUGAGCGCCACUUCAAGUACCCGAUUGUGGAGCAGUACCUGAAGACAAAGAGGAACUGUAGGAACUUGACCAUCAAGUACAUCAGCUGCCGGUUGCUGACACUCACCAUUGUCCUGUCUGCGAGCGUCUACCUGGGCUAUUACAUCAGCUUCUCGUCGCUGUCCGACGAGUUUGUCUGCAGCAUCAAGUCUGGGAUCCUGAGGAACGACAGCACCAUCCCCGAUCGCUUUCAGUGCAAGCUCAUCGCCGUCGGCGUCUUCCAGCUGCUCAGCCUCAUCAACCUCGUGGUUUACGUGCUACUGGCCCCCGUGGUCAUCUACACGCUCUUCGUUCCAUUCCGGCAGAAGACAGAUGUUCUCAGGGUGUAUGAGAUUCUGCCCACCUUCGAUGUCCUACAUUUCAAGUCGGAGGCGUACAACGACCUGAGUCUUUACAACCUCUUCUUGGAGGAGAAUGUAAGCGAGCUCAAGUCCUACAGGUGUCUGAAGGUGCUGGAGAAUAUUAAAACCAGUGGCCAGGGCAUCGACCCGAUGGUCCUCCUGACCAACCUUGGCACAAUCAAGAUGGAUGUCAUGGAUGGCAAGAAACCGGAGCCCAUGGAGAUGACGACAGAGGAGCCGGGAGACCCGAUGAUGGAGCUCAAAGAUUUGAGCGCACCCAGUGAUAUUAAAGUAAAUAACGGAGAGACGAAUGCUCGACAGAGACUUCUCGAUUCUUCUUGCUGAUUUUUUUUCCCCUUGACCUUGAGGUCCAUGGCCCUCUGUGACAUGGGAUUUGUAUCGGCUGUCAGGUUCCCCACUGGUCCUCCUGAGUGUGCCUUACUGAGUCCCUAAGGAAAAUGACGGCCCCCAGAACGCUGUAGGAGCAUGGUUCAUGAACUUCCAAUGAGCAGCACCAUGGGGGUGAGCCAGCCCCAGCAAGUGUAUGUGUGAGUCCUUCACCUGGAAGGUGGGAAGGCUCAUCAGAGCAAGACUCGGAGCCCUGUUUUUGCCUCAAAGAAGCCCCUUUCUGGAAAGAUGUGCAGUAAGACUAGGUACCAGCAAGGACUUCGGGAGGCCUUUUGGAUUUGUUAUAUGAAAUAAUGAUAACACCUGUCAGGAUACAGCUUUACUGGGAACCUCCUAUGUGCCCCUAACGACCGCUGCACAAGAGAAACACUCACCAGCCAGCCGCAGACUUGCUGUUGGUGGAGUCCUCCUCUGGGAACAGUGCUGGCGUGGGUUCCUGUCCCCCAGGGCUCUGUGCACACCACUGCUCGUCGGCCACGGCAAACCGAAAUCAUGGCACUCCACCCUGGAAACGUGGUGAGCCAGGCAGAGUCCCGAUGACAUUGAACUGUGACUUCUGUAUGGGAGAGGAUGCUUGUUACAGAGCCUGGUGGGGAGAUCUGGGCAGACAGAACAGGUUAUUUCAAACCAUUUUCCAAGGGGUUCUGUGCAGGUCCUCCCUCUGUUAUCAAAAGACUCGAAACAGGAUGGUAAACAAAUGAACAGAACACAGAAUGCUUAAAAAAUAAAUAAAUAAAUAAAGGGACAUUUCACUUAUUACGGUCAGAACGUAUAAAUGAUAUCGGCCAUAUGGUGUGCUUGGAACCAGACCAGCUUUGCGGUUUACUUUAUCUGUAUUUUAAGCACAUCUUUUAAAAAUCCAUUUUAAUGUAGAAUCCUGUGAUGUCAGAACGGAGGCCAUUUGGGAAGGAUGUUCUAGCAUUGAUGGAGAAAGAAUAAAUGUUACAGACAGCUAUAUCCCAAGCAUCAUUUCAUACACAUUUAAGGCCGAUUCAGAGUGUAUAAAAACCUGUCCCAGUUCUAACCAUGUAAAUAGGUCCAAACUAUGUUUACAUUUUAUACAAAACCCUUUAAAAUUCCGUUUGUGGAUCUACCUGUUUUUAUUCUUAGGAAAUUAACACAUUACUAAAGUGAGUAAUCCUCAGGAACCUCAAAGUUUACAUUUGGCUCCUAGGAAGUGUUGUUUACUUAAUCUAAUUAGUGUUUGAAAAACAAAAGUUAUAUAAGCUACUCAGAAUAUUCUGAGAAUAUUGUACUCUCUUUUCAGAAUAUUCACAGAAGUGGAUUUUAGUUGCACUUCUGUGAUGGGAUCUGAGAUAGAAAGCCGACGGCAAGUCUCAAGGAUGCAUUCAUGCUUUAAAUUAUUAUGUGCUAUUUAUUACCUUUGAGUUCGUGUGACUUAGAAAUUGCAGGAACUUAAAUACUCCUCUUUCCUUCAUUUUUCUAUCACCGUGUCCAAGUGCUCAUCACAGCUCCCCACACUGGCUUCUUUUUAUAAUUUGAAAAGAUUUCUGAGCUAUUUUUCAAGGAUGUACUUCUUUUCCCCGCAAAAGCUUCAUCUCCUCUACAGACAGCCCCUAAUUUGUAUUUUGAGGUGGUAAAAUAGAUCCAUUUUUUCAGGAAACCAGCAAUUCUCUAAGUCCUGUGCCAUGUAACCCUUUUGUCACGGUUGGUGGGGCUGGAGUCCUUGCCUUCUCUUCCUUGUCACUGUUGCGACACGCUGAGCCCCAGGAGGUCCUGAUGUCCCAGGCUCGUCAUGCUCGUCCCUGACUGUUGGACAGGACGAAUAAGGCCGCUCCCCAUCUUUGAGGAGUUUAGAAGCCUAGUCAAAGGCAGCAAAGGCAGAGGCAGGUACAAAGGAGUAGCCACAGGAAAGGCCCUUCCAGAAAGCUCCCAGCAGCUGUUCUGUGUUCUCGGGAGACGCCAUCUUGUUUUCCUGUCUCCUGGAGCUGGUGGUCUUGAGAGUCCAGUUCUGGUUUUUCCCAGAGGCUCUUCAGCCACUGGUCCUGUGGUGUGAAGCUGGGACAGAACACUAACAGAGUGGUUUUGCACAGGAAGAGCUCCACUGGCCUUCUGCAGGGAAGAGGGGAGGCAAGCCUGCGGCGGCCAUGAAGUUACCCGUGAAUGACCACUGUAGAGCUAAGAGGCCAAGGUGGAUGCCCGGCCCUACAGUCCGGCGUGGGGAAAAGCGUUACCAGGAAAGUGAACUCUUCCAUCCCCUGGGAGUUGCUGGCUUAAAGGACGACUUCUGAGGGUUCCCUUUCCGGAGGGUAAAGAGUCAUUCCUUGCUUUCUACAAAGGGACUGACGGAUCCUAACUGGGUACCCCAGCGCUACUGACUUUGUUUCCAGCUCGCAUCUUCUUAGAAAGGCACCAGCUGGGACUGGAACUGAUCGUCCUGGGAGCAGCAUCCAGCCACCUGUUUGCUUUUCCCCCAGGACAGGCAGAGACUUCCAGUGUAGACCUUCUGCAAACUUCCAGGAAGUGACAAACCCCAAAAGGCACAGACCCUCUCUUGUGACGCGCACACAACACUAAAUGCACCUCCAGGGACCGUCCUCAGGCGCGCACACGGCGAGGGGCAGACCAGUCCGCCCAGCGCACAACGGAGGCCCCUUUGGCCUCCCAGAGAGCUGCUUCCAGCAACGUCUGCUCUGUGUCCAUGUAGCGAAAUUGUGUUUGCACACUUCUGAGUGGGCUGUACCUUCUGAGGAGUGGGUCUCAUUGUUCAGAGUCCGGGUGAACAUCCAGUUAAGCGGGCGGGUGGAUGACAGUGGCCGGGGGUGAGCAGGCCGCUGCCCCUGACCCUGUUCAGCCUCUCCAGCAUGGAGAGCCGGUGAGCCUAACACUUGGAUGGUGCAUUGUCCUAUUUUGUGCUGUGAAAACGCUAGAAACUUCCAGCUGUGUGGGCUAUCUCACUGCAUGGUCGUGCUUCGUCUGUAGAAGCCGAGCCUGUGUCCUAUCCAAGAAUGAGCCAAGGUCGGGAGAUGGCUGGGCAGACGCUCCCACGGCCGAAGUGUUGCACACUUUUUAAAAAUAUGUUCAUAUUGGUUUAUUUUGCUUAUUGUCAGUCCCGGGUCAAUAGAAUAUCUGCGAGGAUGGGCGUUGUUGAUCUCGUGAUGUGAGCUAAACCAGCGGCUGGCCUGUAAUCGCCAUUUUGUAAAUAUUUGCUGAACACACACACAGUUAUGAGAACUCGAGUUUGUUGGUAGCUGGGAUUUGAUUCGAAAAGGCACACAGCCCUCUAUAGGAAAGGAGAGGGGACACCCCUCAGCCUCCUGUGGAGAGGGGAAUGUUUGUGUAAAAUGACUACAGCCCCACAAAUAAGCAGUGACGGUUCUUAGCUGCUUCUUGUGGCCGCUCUCCCAAGUUCAGUCCAAGUGCAGCGUUGCCCUGCCGUGAUUAGUGAAAUUGAAGUUUUGAUGCUCCCGAUCUCCGUCAUUUCCCAGAACAACCUCUUGAAAAGGAACGAUGAUGGAAAUGUGCAGUUAGCGUUGAUUGGGGUUUCAGAUGAGGGCGCGGAGAUAAAAUGGCCCUUCAGGGCAAUCGUUGGCCAGGGCCCUAUUUUUCACAAGUAAUGUGAAGCCCCGAAAAAGGACUGGCAAAGAGGAUGGUGUGUCCUUUGUGGAGCAUAAUAGAUGUUAAUUCACCCUUGGUUUGUUCGGCCUGCUUGAAAUGAAAUGUAUUGUGUUUGGGGGCUCUCUUCUUAGCUGCAAAAACACUUUGUCACUUAAAGCAUGUGGUUUGAUCCGUGAUUGUUCCUCAAGUUCUUGAACGUUAAUAUAGUUUCUCAUGCCGUGAGUGCUUUCCCCUGCCCCCGCCCCCAGAGGAGGAAAAGCCUUGUAGAAUUCGACAGGUCACGAGUGUUCCCUACAAAAGCUGAUGCCACCCGUUCCUCUUUAACAAGUUGGCUUUUUUAAAAGCACCACUGUUCCAGGCUCAUGGAGUUCUGUGGAGAGGUACUCGAGGCGUACUUUAAGUUCUUUCAAAUGACUAAACAUCUUCACAAACUUUUAAAGAAAAAUACAUGGGUUCUUUUCUGCUGUGUCAUUCGGGAAGGACAAUUGCUAGCUCUUCCACAAAGAUCAAAGGAUGACAGCGGAUCACUGUGUUAGAAAAUGACCCUUAAAAGGACAAGAGUCUUGAAAGCUCUGAGGUUCGGUGGUUCUUGCUAGGACGUUUUCGAUUUCCACAAGUCACCCGUCCAAGUUCUGCAUUCUGACUUCCCUUUAAGGAGGGAGCCAAGGCUGCCCCUGUCUGUAGAGAAUGUGGAAACAAUGUUUUCGUUCUGCACGGCUUGCAUCCACCCCAAUAAAACUUCUCU